GAAGGAAGGAGUGGCUUUGCGAUCUGUCAAGUUAAAUGAUUUCUCGUGAAAAUUAAUGACUCGUUGCAUUAAUUAAAUUAUUCUCGUGUGUUUAAUAUCUAUAAUUCAUUGCGUAGUAGUUUUAAUAUACGAAGAAAAUGUCGUCUUCGGGUGAUUUUGGAAACCCGUUGCGUAAAUUUAAGCUUGUCUUUCUCGGUGAACAGAGCGUUGGAAAGACUUCUCUCAUCACACGGUUUAUGUAUGACAGCUUUGACAACACGUAUCAGGCUACAAUAGGUAUAGAUUUUUUAAGCAAAACCAUGUAUCUGGAGGAUAGAACUGUAAGAUUGCAGCUAUGGGAUACUGCAGGGCAAGAACGGUUUAGAUCUUUGAUACCUAGUUAUAUUAGGGAUUCUACUGUCGCAGUUGUGGUAUAUGAUAUAACUAAUGCAAACUCAUUUCAUCAAACAUCAAAAUGGAUUGAUGAUGUACGGACUGAAAGAGGAAGUGAUGUAAUUAUUAUGUUAGUGGGUAAUAAAACAGAUUUGGGUGAUAAAAGACAAGUAUCAAUGGAAGAAGGUGAACGAAAAGCUAAAGAGUUAAAUGUAAUGUUUAUCGAAACUAGUGCUAAAGCUGGGUAUAAUGUGAAACAGCUUUUUAGAAGAGUAGCAGCAGCUUUACCAGGCAUGGAUUCCACUGAAAAUAAGCCACCUGAAGACACUGUCGAUUUGCAGAAUCAGUCACCGAUGCAGAAUGGCUCCGAGUCGGAAGAGGAAGUCGGCUGCUUGUGCUAGGGAGGCGGUUUAUCAGUGUGCAGCUAAUAAUGCUAACUCCUUGAGACAUUCUGAUACGAACCAAAAAUCAUCACGUACUAUUAACAAGAUGCUGGCUUCUUCUGAUGUCUACAUCGUGGCCCAUAAGUUAACGCGCGACGAAGGCACAAAACGUUUCAUUGACACCGUUCUUACUACCGAUUACUUCUGCCCAAUCAAUCUCAUUUAAGUCGUUUUACCGUAGCGUGAUUAACCGAUCGUUUUGCUAUGAUUCAUGUUACUCCAAGAGAACAGCUUCGUGCGGUUAUAGUGCGCGUUGUUAUGUUGUUAUAUCUGCCAAACACUCUUCGACGAGAAUUAGCGAUCUUCUCAUACAUGUACGGUGUGACUGGCCGGAGAUUGAAGUCAUUCAAGGAAAAGAAGGGAAAAAGAAAGAUAAUACCACCGAGCGAAUGACAUGGAUGUAAUGGGUACGUCACGAUGAUAGGGUGGCUCUUCCAUGCUCGUUAGGACAUCAUUGAGCCCGUCGUUAGGCGAUCGAAGCAAUACGCAAAUAGCUUUUCUGUGAGAUUGUACAUAUCACGGUUCUUGAUGUCGUGAAUCGUUCAGGAAGAAAGAGCACAACGAGUUUGCUAUGUUUAAUUUUCCGUCAAAUCUUUUCGGACUCGCUCGUGUCGCGAGAAUCCAGCGGAGAUCGAGUUGCCACCGAUUUCUUCCGAACAGCUUUCUUUGCUCAUCCUAUCAUCGUUUCCUUUGAUCGCGACUUUGGAAAAUCUAUUCAACACGCACAAGACACCGGGAAGCUUAGACAGAAGUAUUCUAGACACGCGAGAUAUUCUAGACAUAUACAAAAACGACUGAAAGUAAAAUGUUUCAUUAGUUCACCAGGUAGUCGAGAAAAUCGAACGAUCGAGCGAUCUGUUUCUGGAUCAGUUGCGAAAAUUAUUACUCACACGUAGAACAUGUUAUUGGCGAGUCUGUUUGACGGCGGAUUGUUCAAGGUUUAUAAUAUUGUAAUCAUAAUUAACAAUCUUUAUAGACGUUUUUCAAUAUCUCUUGAUAAAUAAGCGAGCGACUCGAUACGCGAUCUGUUCAUAAAUCGAGGAAGAAGACGCACGUUGAAGGGAAUAAUUUGCGAAAAGAAAUCAAGCGCUCAAUCGUUUACUCGCCAUUUUAUACGAUUGUUCGUAUAACCGAGCAAUCUUCGUUAUAUAUACUCAGGUGCUUGAUAUUUACAAAAUUCUCUUUUACAAGGUCACGGACGUGACAUGAUCGGUGGUCAGCGAGUGAUAUUUCAAACGGAUAACUACAGCGAAACUUGUCGAUUGCUUUCAGCGGACGCUUAACUAUAAACGGAAUAAGGAUGUAUCGAAUCGAAGGUAUCGGAUUAGAAUGUUGCGUCUUCUUUCCGACGAAUCAUACACGCAAACACACGGAUAAAAGGGCAGGAACCAGUAUGAAAGAGACGUGUGCGUCGAGCGACGAAACAUAUUGCUCGUGUUUCAUCGAGGAGACUGAACGCUUUAUAAGGCACGCCGCCGUUUAAUCAGAAUCGAACAAAACGAAACGAAGCAUACUCGAACCAAGAGAUAUUAACAGUGUACAUCGUAUCAGGUAUCACGUGGAGCGCUUUGGAGAAAAUGGCGUAGCGGCAGCCCCCUGAGGCUAGUAAGUUCGCUAGAAAGUUCGGGGGUAAAUCGGUUCGAGCGCGAUAUUCGUGUAUCGUCAGCGAUAAUUGAGAGUGCCAUGAGAGAAGCGGGCCAAUUUUACAUCUGCUAAUUAGAAUGUCGAGAAAAGAAGAGAAAAGAGAUAAAACGGUAGACGCAUCCAUGGGGAAAACGCAAGAGCGAGAGAACUCCGCUUGUCGCGCGACCAAAGUCACGAGCGAGCGCAGUUUUCCCUGUUGCGUCGUCGUUGUACAUUGAUGCGAUGAUAAGGCUUCUAUCCCGAGAAAAUGAUGAAAAAGAGAACGAAACAUGGAACAGAAGAUAAGUGAUAUGUUGUAAUUCAUUAAUCCGCCGUGCUUAACGCGAGCUCUACGUGCACUAGCACUGUUUCUUCUGAACGUUAAACUGUCUCUCUAGCGCAGCCCCUUGUGUAAUAACGUGUCGUGUAGCGUUCAUUCGCACCUUCGUUUAUCGUCGUGUGCGAAUAUCCUGGAGUCCUCUGGUACGAAUCCCGGGAAAGUUCGCAUUUCGAGGAGACCAAUGUUACCCUGUUACGUUCGAUAUUUUCUAGCGAAGCGGAAUACACCCGUUGAAGCACGUGUCGUGCACGUUGUUCAACGAGGCAAAGAGAGAAAGUGUGAAAAGCGCCUAAAAAUAUCGGUUUGUAGCGCGGAUUCGUACCACUCGACAUCCUGGUGCACGCGGAGCGUAUAUUUUUCUUUUAUUCGGCCUCGUGCUCCGGGGAGAAGACACUCGGCUGCAGACUCCUCGACCGAAAACGCGGUCGUAGCUCGACGUAGGAUAGAUUCUUAGACAUUUCCGUACGGAGGGAAUAAAUUUGCUAUACUCGUUUUAAUCUCUAUCGCCUAGCUCGCGAUGCUCAUGCCUAAAAUGAAAAAGGAAAAAAAGAAAAAAGAAAAAAAGAAAGAAGAGGACACGUUACAUUCGUCCGAGGCGCACUUCCGGUGUAGCUAGAGGAAGUCCUCUCGACCUCCACGCGGCUGCAGCGAUUGUCUCCUCCACGCUGGCGAAGCGAACGAACGUAGAAAUACGCCGAUCUAGUCGGAACGACGCGAUCGAUGAUCGUUCAGUGAUCCACGGUGCUUGUUUUCCGGGGCACAGUGAGAUCUGUAUCCUUUCGGUUGCGGUUCCACCCUUUCGCCACAGUGUUUCCGGUUAUAUAGAAAAUUACGUUAGGAAUUUCGUCGAAGUAUCGCUUCGUUGCAUCGAUUCGACUAGUGAUUCGUCGAUCAUGGUAAUUGGAGAUUAUGCGGAGCUUAUUUGCGAAAUUUGCGAAAGUACGGUUAAACGUUUGCGUAAAAGGUGUAAUAUAUCCGUUGACAUUUUUCCUUCGCGAUAUCAGGCCGAAAAUGGUUUGCCAGGUUUUUAAAAUAUUCUUUCUUUCACCGAUCGAAACGUAGGGCCCCGAAUAGAAAUAUAUUCGACUGUUCGCAUACGCAAGACUCCGUUGCUUUAUUUCGGUGACUAAUGGUUACUCCUCGUAGCGAAAGGGUUAAAGGAGAUUUGAUAACCUAGUAGCAGCAAUGAUUUGUAGCGUUUCGGAGGAUUCUUGUGAAUGUAAUUUGCAAGGCAGCCGCGUUUUGUGGUAAUGUUACUGUAGCCGAUGUUUCUUAGUUAAAUAGAGGUAUUCGCUGUAUCGUCUUUUUGCAAUUAAAUUGUCAAACUUAACGUAGCAGUAGGGUGCGAUAUUCAUUAAUUGUAAAGUUAACCCUUCCAGUCUUCGAGGCUGUCGAAUACUUCUGAGUAAUCCUCACUCUGAUAACCGCCAUCGCGAAUUCUUUGCAUAACCCUCGUCGUAGAGAGAUGUAACGAAAUUUGUUGUGAUACUCCUUUUGUACGUUCGAUUUUAUACUUCUGUACGAUAAUUUGAUACUGUGUACUCGUAGAGCCUUUCCCCCCACGCCCUGAUCUUUGAUUCGUAACGAGAUGAAUGUCCGAGGCUCGAAGGGUUAAACGUCUCAAGGCUUUAAGUUUCUCCGAUACAUUUAAUAUAAAAUAGAAACUAAUGUACGCUUUUGUUUAACGUGAUAAAACGAGAUCUUGCAGAAAUAUAAUUGAAAAUAAACACCAGAGAUUCUUGAUUCUUUCGGGAUCGACGCGAGCGAAUCGAUCGGCGAUCGAGAGCCAACACACUCGCGUAUGAUGUACCUGCAUCGUGAUGCAUCGUGACACACAGCGUGAAGAGUCGUCCCGACUAGACCGGAAAUCUAAAGUGCAUUUAUCACACGCAUGAUCUAUAGGACUAUACACGUAUAACGUAUAAUAACCAUCGCGAUUGGAUGGAAGAGGCGACAGGAGUAUGGACUACCGAGGAGAAAUUCGCAAUCUCUUAUCGUUUCCCCGUUUAGCUGUAGCGCAAUAACGAAAAGUAUCGCAUAUAACGAGUAGUGGAUCGUCGGAUUUCUCGUUUAGCUUCGAAGCUACGUAGCUGUAGCGUAACAAAUACACAGACACACAUAUACACACAAACACACACACACCGAUCGUGUAUCGCAUUUUAAUAUUAGGGGACACGUAUCGUCGUUUUCUCGAUUCACGCGUUUGUCCGAGCUACAACGAACCGAGAUCGGAGAGGGAAGUGCGCUGAAGAAGGAUGCGUUUCUUUUAUACAGUUCAGUCGGACCUAUCGAAUCGAAGACGAUGCUUCUCCUUCUGCGAAUAAACACCGUAGCACGCUUCGCUUACGAAUUCGUUACACCUGUUGUGUUCGUUACACCCGGUUGGCUACGAAACAAACGCGUAGUUUAUUCUUCACCGGCCGAGUAGGGUGCGACCAAAGGGUGGCACUCGCGUACCCCUUCGAUGCCGCCGACAUUUCGCUGCGAUAAUCCAGCGCUAUGUAAUACCACGCGCAAUGCUGGCUAGGAAACGGUGAACAUCGUGUCCACGAAAUUGUCUGCUCGAUUGUCUCUUCUCGCUCUUCGUCAUCUUUCAUCGUGUCAAGCAGAAAGGUUGCAAAGCUGACACUAGCGGUACGGUUUACGUGGUUCGGAGCAAUAAUCCAGUGACAUGCCCGCGUCGAGCGAGACACUGUAAUUCGAUUGGAGUAGCAUGGUGAUUUAAUCAUAGGUAACAACGCCGCAAUCAGACGAUCCUAUCAGGGAACACUAGCGUUAUCUUCUCAGUCCGAUUAGGACGCAGUUCCUCGAAAACAGACGUUCCGUAUCCAUAACGCAUUCGAGUGUAAUUCGUCACAGUGGAUCAUGAUGGAUCUCGCCGGAGACUGCACAGUCUGUUUAAUCCAAUUACGAUGGUACCGCGACACGAUCGAACCGCUAGUGUAAACGAAUACCACG